UCCAAUGAGACCCAAGGCAGCACAAGGCUCCAGCCUUCUGGUUUUCGUAACAGCAGCCCCCUCCAGUAGGGCUGAGGCAUGGGAGGAGCUUGCCCAAACUCAAAUAAACACUGACAUGCAGCAUCUUACGAGGAUGUGCAGCCUCAGCAGCACAGACUGCAACAGCCAGAAGGAUAAGACAGCUGAAAAUCUCUGGCAAGAUGAUCAAAUCCUUCAAGCAAACAUUCCUGUCCCUGGACCUGCAGUCACCUCGGUGGAGCUCAACAGAGACGAUGGCUAAGGAGUAUGAACUGCGUCAGUAUGAGACGGCCAAGUGGGUGAGCACAGUCAUCAGGGGGGAAAGCCAGAAGGAAGCCAUGCGCCAGGGCUUCUGGAAGCUCUUCCACUACAUUCAGGGAAAGAAUGAGAGAGAAAUGAAGAUUGACAUGACUGUGCCAGUGACCUGCCUGGUGAAAUCUGGCUGCACAGACUUCAAGAUCUCGUUUUUUGUGCCCUUUGAACACCAGGACUCCACCCCCCAGCCCAUGGACUCCGACGUGUUCGUGGAGGAGCGGAAGGCAGCGGCGAUCUUUGUCCGGUCCUUUGGUGGCUUUGCCUCCCCAGAGAAAUAUGCUGAGGAAGCUGAAGUCUUGGCCAGAACCUUAAGAAACAGAGGCCAACCAUUCCAUGAAGACUUCUUCUAUACUGCAGGCUAUGACAGUCCCUUCAAGCUCUUCAACAGGCACAAUGAAGUGUGGUAUUUUAAAAAGUAACAUGGUGGGGGAAAUAUUAAGAGGCUACUAAUUAGCUCUGGAUGAAAACAGACCUUAUUAAUGGCUUUUGCUUUAGUGCAGAAGAGAUUUAAUUUGCACAAGGACACAGAAUGUCUAAUUCAUCUUCUCUAGGAUGAAAUACUAUUGUGGCUAAAACGAUCUCAAGCUCUGUCUACAAAAUGUAAUUUAAAUUCAAGUAGAUUGUACCAGGUAGAGUAGGAGGGAGAUAGUACAAGCUUACUCUUAAUUGAGAGGUUCUAGGGAACACCAAUAAUCUGAAACUAAUCCUUCCUAAAGUUUGGAUGUCUAGUUUUACUUCUCAUUAGAAGUGCUACAGCAACAGCUCAAGUGUCACGGAGAAUUCAGUUCUCCAUAGAGCUGACUUUUCCAAUACUGACAUCAACCCUGAGACAGAGGAAUUUAAAAAUGAAUUUUUUAUAGAAAUCUAUCAUUAAUGAGUUUCAGGAAGCAGAAACACCUUAGCAGGCCUUCCUGCCUCAUAAUUAAUAACUUGGGUUUUUAACUGGUAGUAUCAAGAUCCCCCACCUCCUCAUUUUUUUCCCUCGUGGAGGCCAAAUCCUGUGUUGCUCAAAUCCAGUGGAAAAGGGUUAACAAGUCCAAGCAGUGUGCUUGUUCUGUGCACACCUGGACACAUAAUACCAGGAUAACUGGGGGCAUUUUAGUAUUAAAUAAAGUAGUAGUAAGUUUAGCUCUCACCUACAACACACUAAGUACCCCUUUAAUUGUUUGCCUUUGUCUAAAUGUUGGUAUUGGCCAGGCCAGCUGCAGCCUGCGCACCAGCAGUACUGGACAUCCCAGUUAAGACACUUGCAAGCAUUUCACCUAAUUUAGUCCCUGCUCUAAAUCAAGCAUUUGAAGCUUUUAUACAGUAGCCUAGAGCUGUUUCACACCAAGCUGUUCCAGUCAGAAAGGAGGUCACAACAACAGGCAGAGUUUGAAGAUUUUUAUUGGCUCCAACCAGCAUCAGGCAAACAUUACCAGUGGGGUAAAAAAACACUUGGGCUUUUUAAUGCUCUUCAUGCAAGUGUAGCCCAUUAUACUGCAAUCCUCCACCUAGUAAGACAGACAUAAGAACCACUUUAAGACACCAAACCACCACAAGACACUUGCUGGGAACGUCUCAGCCCUUAGAAUUUCAUCUCUGUUCAGUGAGAGAGUUCAAGCUAAGGUUAUCAUCACUUGUUCCAGCAAAGAAAUGUCUUAAUUACUGCAGUUACACUCACCUUCUCAGUUCUUCAUACAGUAAUUGCAGAGUUGCUUCCUCACCUAAAGCCAGAAGAAAACACAAUUAGCACAUGCAGUAGCACAAGUGGUACAGGCUCCACAUCAGCUCUGUAACCUCAGCACAAAGUGGAACGGAAAGGGUAAAAUCACACUGAUUCAUCUGGCAGAAUCAAUCUCAUCAGUGGCUACAUUCCCAAUAAUAUAUAAUACAGUUCAGCUGUUGGACUUACCCAGUGAGGCUGCAAACAGCACAGUCCUUUCCUGAGAAGAGAGAGGUACUUUCAGAAUAACAGACAGCAGCACUAUAUGCAAGUUUGUUUACCUAUGAAUUCCUAUUCAUCAAACUAAUUUUACCUGGGGGAAGGCUGCCUUUCAGCUGGCAACUCACAAGUUCAACUUGCAACACCCAAAUAUAGGAGACACAAAGCUUACAAAUCCUAACUGAAUUGGAAAUACAGAAUUACAAACAUUGGAAGAAACAGGGUAAGUACAAAGCUACUACUUGCUUUGUGACGCUGUCUCUCCCCAUUAGAAAAUUGUAUUUAAUGAGUUUAGAUAUCCAAAUUACAAGUCUCAUAGAAAUCAUCCCAAGAACCUAUCUUUAAAAAUGAGAACCAGUCUGUUGGGAAACAAGAUCAUACAGCAAAUAUCUAGAACUUGAGUCUAAAUUUGUGUAGAGCCAGCAUAAAGAUCAGCAAAACUUGCUGAGAAGUGACAACCAGAAUAUAGGGUUGUUUUUCUUUCAAGUCCACAGUGCAACGUUGCAAUAAACUCCAAAUUUUUAGAGUCA